CCAUUUGGGGAGCUGAACGACGCGGUUGGGCGAGUUGUCUUCCUGUCGUUGCUGCCUGUUGAAAUCAAAGCGUGACAUGCCUACAAGGAUUUCAAUUUCAUCACCAUAGAUCCGUUUCCUAUUCGCAAGGGCAUUGAAGGACCAACCGCACCAGCAAAGGACCAACCGUAUACACCUCCCAUUCCCGUCUCUACAACCUACAUGCUCUCCCACACCAACCCACCCUCCGCCCGUCGACGAUCAACGGUCCGUCCCCCCAUCCUCCGCGUCCCACCCACAGAAACCGCACCACCACCACCGCCUCAACCCAUCCUUCCAGCAUCGCAGGCAGCACGGGAUGCAUCCCUCGAGUUGGUGACGGAACAGUUGGGCUGGGCCCCCGUAUCAUAUGUAGACGACAUCAUCAAUUCCAUGAAUGAUUUGGCAUAUAAGGGGAUAUCGUCUUUUGAAACUUGGUUGGAAGAGUAUGGGCUGGACGAGGAAGAAGCCGAAAAGGGUCUAGCAGCAACAGAAACCCUUUUUGAAAAUAACAUUGAUAAACAAUUUGAUAAAUUCGAGUUAUUCGUUCUUCAGUCCAUUUUUGUUGUUCCUACCAAUUUGCCGAUUAAACUACCGCAUUAUGAGGAGGUUGAGUUUGGAGUUUCUGCUGCUGAUGAAGCUAAUGCGGAUAUGGAGUUGGAGGAGGUGCGGAAGAGGAUCGUCGCUGCAAGGUAUCUUGAACAACGGCUCAAGGUGGAGCUGGAGUCCACAGAAUCGCGGCGAUUGGCUCUGGAGCGUAUGAAGCGAGACGUUGACCAUUUGGCAGCGCUAAACGAUGAUAAAGCACCCCUCUCCGAAACUUACACAACUCUCCUCGCAACCCUCCGUAAUACCCGAACUCUCUCCGAAACCCUCCGCAACCGCUCCCAAAAUCUCUCCAUCCACUCCCUCAUCGCGCCCUCACCCGACGACAUGGAAAAUGUCCAAAGUGUCAUUGCUGCUGCCAUGGACCGCCGGAGACGUAAGCAGGAGGAAUUGGCUCGAACACCGUCGCGUAGGCGGAAGAGUGUGGGUGGAGUUCAAGUCAAGAGCGCAAGAGAGGGAGCGGAAUAUGCUAUUGAGUAUCGGGAGAGAAUUGGUGUUGGGAGUGCGACGGAUGUGCAGGCGUGGCGAGAACUCUUGGAGGAGGAACAACACGUAUAAGUAUUUUAACUAGAGGAUCACUGUUUGUCCUCUUUUCCGUACUGCUUAAAGCGAGUGCAGAUUGCAUUGGAAAAAAGCGCCAGAAAGCGCUGUACUGUAAUAUAAUAUACUUGCGAACAGUGUAAUUCAUCGU